UUUCUCACUGUUGCGUUUCUCUCAUCAGCGAUCCAUUCCCUUUCCUUACUUUAUUCUCUCCUAUGCUCUUCGUCCUAACUCGCGACGUCCAUUUCUCGCAAAUAUUUAUCAUCACUUUGAUGGAUUUAAAAGUGAUGGGUGGUUGUAAGUGAGAUUAGCGGGAGGGAUAAUGAAUUAAUUUCCAUGCAGAUCUACUACCGUCGGGUUUCUACGCAGAUCCAAUUAUCACCGAAUUGCAUCUUUUAUCGCACUAUCAAUUAGUGUUGUACUUGCAAAAAAGGCGUUAUCAGCUUACUGAUAUAGAGGCUUUUGGUCCUUUCAGUUAAGUUGGUACCGUCUUUACAAAUAUGCCAUAUUAUAUACAGAGGCUUUAUAAUACUUGCAGAGCGGCAUUCUCGCCCAAUGGCCCUGUUUCUGAUGAGACUCUUGAAAAAGUCCGUACUAUGCUAGAGAAAAUGAAGCCUUCUGAUGUAGGUCUGGAACAGGAGGCGCAGGUGGUAUGUAAUUGGUCUGGUCCUGUAAAUGAGCGGAAUGGAACCCAUCAGUCUUCGCCGCCAAUUAAGUAUCUGCACUUGCAUGAGUGUGACAGCUUCUCUAUAGGAAUUUUUUGUAUGCCACCUUCCUCUAUGAUACCUUUGCACAAUCAUCCAGGAAUGACAGUGCUGAGCAGGCUUAUCUAUGGCUCAUUACACGUAAAGUCAUAUGAUUGGCUUGACCCUACAGAACCUGAAGAUCCACUACAAGCAAGAGCUGCAAAGCUUGUCAAGGAUACUGAGAUGACAGCUCCUUGUGCGACAACAGUGCUUUAUCCCACAAGUGGAGGCAACAUUCAUUGUUUCAGGGCACGGACUCCCUGUGCUAUUUUUGAUAUUUUAUCUCCACCUUACUCUUCGGAGCAUGGACGACACUGCACUUACUUCCGGAGGUCCCCAAGAAGGGAUUUACCUGGUGAGAUUGAAAUGAAUGGAGAGACGUUCUCGGAAGUGACUUGGUUGGAAGAGUUUCAGCCCCCUGACAACUUUGUGAUUCGGAGAGGGCUGUACAAGGGUCCUGUUAUUCGAACUUGA